CUAAAUAUCAAGUUAUACGUUUUUAUUGCAAGUACAACUUGACAACACGGAUGAUUCGUGUUUACGUCCAGUCUGAGCCUCAUCCGUCAACUCAAUGUGCUUUUAUUACCAUUAAUAUUUUUUAAUUUUUCCGGUGAACUUUAAAUAAUACAUCAUGUUCCGUAAUCAGUAUGACAGCGACGUCACUGUUUGGAGUCCUCAAGGGCGAUUACAUCAAGUUGAGUAUGCAAUGGAGGCCGUCAAACUCGGAUCAGCUACAAUCGGUUUGAAAAAUAAAACACAUGCAGUAUUAAUCGCCUUGAAAAGGGCGACCUCUGAACUUUCUGCCCAUCAGAAGAAAAUCAUUCCAAUCGAUGAUCAUAUGGGAAUUACAAUUGCUGGUCUCACUGCUGAUGCUAGAAUGUUAAGCCGUUUCAUGAGAACGGAAUGCUUGAACUAUAAGUACACACACAGUGACCUACUGCCUGUCGGUCGAUUAAUUGCCAAUGUAGGUAAUAAAAUGCAAGUUUGCACUCAACGGUAUGAUCGUAGACCAUAUGGUGUAGGACUUCUAGUCGCUGGAUAUGAUGACUUAGGACCUCACAUUUAUCAAACAUGUCCGUCAUCCAACUAUUUUGAUUGUAAAGCAAUGGCAAUUGGAGCCAGGUCUCAAUCCGCAAGAACUUACCUAGAGAAAACUCUCAACAGUUUUCCUGAUUGUAGCUUAGAAGAAUUGGUAAAGCACGGCCUAAGAGCCUUGAGGGACACACUACCCAAUGAAGUUGAAUUAAACACAAAGAAUGUCUCAAUUGCAUUUGUGGGCAAAGCCACUCCAUUCAAGAUUCUAAAUGAAGAAGAAACAGGUACUUACUUGACUUUAAUUGAAGGCGAUGAAAGACGAGGAGCUGGACCGUCCGAUGAACCACCCAAAGAUCCGCAGCCUAGCACAACCGAGAAGAAAGAUCCCGUACCCGUAGUCUCCAUGGAGACUGAGUGAUCAUUGUUAGGAAGGGUGAUUACUAUUAACCUCCUUUUCUUCCUCUGUAAAAACAUCUGAUUUUUAUAUUAAUUAAUUAAUGUGUUUGAUAUUUCAUUUUUGUAAUAAAUUAUUUUACUAUGUCACGUA